AUGGGCUCCGGGAAGAAAGAGGCUGCCCGCCGGGAGAGGCAAGGCAAAGGGGGCGAUGGACUCAAUAAUGUCAAGACCAAGGGCGAGAACUUCUAUCGCAAUGUGAAGAAGAUCAAGACCCUGAAUAUGUACAAGGAAGGCAAAGCCCAACGAAAUGCUUCUGGCAAAAUCACCAAGUCUGCGUCUUACCAAUCUCGAGAUUUACCCAAGGCCCGUGUUGAGCCGAACCGGAAAUGGUUCAACAAUACCCGAGUCAUAUCCCAGGACGCUUUGACAUCCUUUCGAGAAGCGGUGGCGGAACGGGCAUCGGAUCCUUAUCAAGUCUUGUUGAAGACGAAUAAAUUACCAAUGAGCCUGAUCAGAGACAACGAGAACAUGAAAAACGGUAUCAAGCAGCACCAGGCAAAGAUCGCGGUCGAAUCAGCACCUUUUGGAGAUACGUUUGGUCCUAAGAGUCAGAGGAAGAGAGUGAAGCUGGCGACUGGGUCCCUAGAAGACUUAGCAGGCGAAACGAUCAGGAUGCACGAUGUUUAUGUCGACAGGCUAGAAGAAAAGCAGCUUCUGAGUGGGCAGGCCGCGGCAGCGGGAGAGGAUUCCGAGCCAGAAGCAGAGCUGACCACAGCAAGAGAGCCAAUUUUCUCCAAAGGACAGAGCAAAAGAAUAUGGAAUGAACUGUAUAAAGUCAUUGACUCGUCAGACGUUGUCAUACAUGUACUCGAUGCUCGAGAUCCUGAAGGUACUCGGUGCAGAAGUGUCGAAAAGUACAUCAAGGAAGAGGCACCUCACAAGCAUUUGGUCUUCAUCCUGAACAAGUGCGAUCUGGUGCCUACAAGUGUCGCAGCUCAAUGGGUCCGUCAUCUUUCGAAAGAACAUCCAACACUAGCAUUCCAUGCCUCGCUCACCAAUUCCUUCGGCAAAGGUUCCCUCAUCACACUCCUACGCCAAUUCUCUACCCUGCACUCAUCUCGAAAGCAAAUCUCAGUCGGCUUCAUCGGCUACCCUAACACCGGAAAGUCUUCUAUCAUCAACACACUCCGCAAGAAGCGAGUCUGCACCGUCGCCCCGAUCCCGGGAGAAACCAAAGUCUGGCAAUACAUCACCUUGAUGAAGCGCAUCUACCUAAUCGACUGUCCCGGCGUAGUCCCGCCCAGCAACGGAGACAGCGAAGAAGACAUCCUGCUCCGAGGUGUCGUCCGUGUGGAAAAUGUCGAAAAUCCAGCCCAGUACGUCCAAGCUGUUCUACGGAGAGCUCAAACAAGACACAUUGAGCGAACGUAUGACAUCAAGCAUUCAGACUACGAGGGUGACGCGACAGAGUUCCUUAGCAUACUCGCGCGGAAGGGUGGGCGGCUUUUACGUGGCGGAGAACCUGACGUUGAUGGUGUUGCGAAGAUGGUGUUGAAUGAUUUUUUGAGGGGGAAAAUCCCUUGGUUUUCGGCCCCGCCGAAGAAUGAUGGUGCUGCUGUUGCAGAGGUGGAUGCCGAGAAGGCGCUUGUACAGGGUAGGGAAGGGAGGCUAGGUGAGAUGCCGAGCAAGGGGCAAAAGAGGAAACGGGAUGAUGUGGAUGUUGGAUCUGAUAUUCGAAACGAUACUGAUGAUGAUGUCGAUCCAGGGGAUGAUGACAACACAGAUGAUGCCCAGGAGCACCUCAUGGAAAACGGUAACGACUCUCCCAGGGACGGAACAGGAAUCAGCGACGAGAACAACAAUGACGAUGACGAAGAUGGCGCCAAGGAAGACGGUGUGGAACUCGGAGGAGAAGUUGUUGUGGAAGACUCUGCAGAGAGUCCUUUCGAAGCUUUCAGUAGUGAUGAGGAGGGAGACCCAGGAGGUGUAUCUGCCAGCUAG